AUGGUAUUCCGAGCUAAGAGAAUGACAAGUAGGGUCGAUAGUUCAUCCACCAAAAGGAGGAAAAGUCCUGAUGAUUUAAGUGUUUUUGAUCUUUCCUCUUGGAACUUACUUGGAGAAGAGUUCGUUUCCAAGACGCCCUGGCUUAUGCUUCCUUCAAAAGAAGUAGAAAGAGGAGAUGGUACUGAAGCUACUCUGAGGGCAUACAGUGGCUUCUUGAAACUUGGGGAGAGCGAGGUUUGUAGCAUGAAAAAGAUACCAAAGGAGUUGAGGGAAAGUUGCCGCAUUGGAUCAUCAAACGGGUGGCCGAUUUUCUUGGAGGAAAAAGCUGUGCCGUUUCUCUUCCACCCCUUCAGGCAAGUGAAAAUAGCACUUCCUUCAUUAUAUGGUCUGCUAGGUUUACUGAGAAUGGAAAGAACCGCGGAGGGUGACUUUGAAGUCGAACGUUUUAACUAUCCUAAGGCUCGCUAUGGAAAGCAAGAACUACGAUAUUAUUUCAUACGGAAAGCAAUCCUGACAGGAGAACCAGAUUGCAACAAUAAAAAGUAUAGUAUGAUCUUGCUGUUCAAAGAUGGAAAGAUUGCAUAUCAUGAGAGUGGAGGUAGUUGUUGGACUGAAGUUCUUGACACCAGGCAUGCACCGUACCAAGAUAUUAUAUGCCACGAAAAUCAUCUCUUUGCAUUGAGUGAGGGAAAUAAUAUUGAAAUAUGGAAUUGCGAAGACGAUUUUAUGUAA